AACAAAGGGCUGAGCACACGUGGUUCCUUUCGUUGCAAUGGAGUAUUCCGAGACCUCUCGACGUCUUUCCCAUCGUCUCAUGACGGUCGGUAAAAUGGGAUCCCAGGAAGAGUUUCCCAUCUGGCGUUGCAGAUUUCUGAACAUUAUGAAAUGCCUGGAUCUAGACAAGUAUUUGAUGGAGGAUAUCCCCGAACCUGAGAGCGCUUCUGAGAGGGCUCAAUGGCACGAUGACCGCGAAGACGUUGAGGAAUGUCUCAGGGCUGCAAUCCCGGGACUAGCGGUCUGGUUCGCUCUCCAGUCCAUGGGCUGGCGCGAGGAGGAAAAGCACCCCAAGAAAACCUUCGACAUGCUUGCCCGCUACUUCGACAAUCAUGGCCCGAGGAACAACCGCGCUGCGGCUGCUGCACUUCCCGCACCUCCUCAGAUCAACAGUAUUCCAACCAGUACCAACGACAUGGUAGCCGGGCCACUGCCGCCGUCUCUUCUAUCGAGUUUGAGGAACUGCGCGCCCUUGUGAUCAAGGUUCAGAAGACUGUUGCUCCGUCAGAUGCGGUCAAAGCUCUCGAUCAGAAGUUCGACUUCAUGCAUCGCACAGCGGAAAGCAAGCAUACUCUUUACCUUGCCAAAAUCUCAGAGAUUGAGGGCCUUUGUGCCAGAAUUGAGAAGACCGCUGCUCACGCAGAUACGGUUAAGGCUCUGCAGGAGAAGUUCGAUC